GUAAUGUGACACACUGAGGUGCCACGGACCGCGGAUCCCCGUGCCAGGCUCGCCACGCUGGUAACGGUACAGCAACUCUCCUCACCGAUUUCUCCUCCAAAAAUCUGUUUCCAGACCUCGAUUGACCAGUUUUCCAUGCAGUGAGGAGGGUUGGAGAAUCCGAACCACAGCAUGUGGAGGAAUUCGUUCCUGGUUUGCGUUGUAACGCUUCUAGCAGCGUUUGGGAGCUUGGUAAAGUCGCAAGGUUGUACAGAUUCUCAGUUCACCUGUGCCAAUGGUCGCUGUAUCGACUCUGACUGGAGAUGUGACGGCACAGACGACUGCUUCGAUAACUCAGAUGAACAGUCAUGUACAUUCCCUGCCUGUGCUACGAAUGAGUUCCAGUGUACAAACGGACAGUGCAUCUCCCAAAGCUGGGUCUGUGAUGGCGAGACUGACUGUCCCGACAAUGCAGAUGAAAAUCAGAGCUGUCCACCGAGAACAUGUAGGUCAGACCAGUUCACCUGUACGAACGGCAGGUGCAUACCUCAGAACUACAGGUGUGACCGUGUGAGCGACUGUACAGAUGGCAGUGAUGAGGGGAGCCAGUGCUCGUACCCGACAUGUUCGUCGUCCCAGCUACGGUGUAACAACAGUGCGUGUUACAACUCCAACCAGCGCUGUGAUGGCAACAUGGACUGUCGAGAUGGGUCUGACGAGUUCAACUGUACCACCAUUCGAUGCCAGUCUGGACAGUUCACCUGUAUGAAUGGUCAGUGUGUGCCCGGCAGCUACGAGUGUGACCACGAUAACGACUGUGGGGAUGGUUCAGAUGAGCACGAUGACUGUGUCUUCCCCACAUGUAGCGGAGACCAGUUCACGUGUCAGAACGGGCGCUGUGUACCCCAGGAGUACAUCUGUGACCUUGACAAUGACUGUGGUGAUGCUAGCGAUGAGAUGUCUUGCUUGCCGACACCCCCAGCCUGUCAGCCUGACCAGUGGGCCUGCCCUAACACCACCCAGUGUAUCCAGAUCUCACAGCUAUGUGACGGGCAGUCAGACUGUCCUAACAACAUGGACGAAAGCAGGCCUGGAUUCUCUUGCAGUUCCUCGAACUGCGGAACGUUGGCAUGUGAACACCGUUGUCGUGCCUCGCCCGAUGGAGGGAUCUGUUACUGUCAGCCUGGGUAUCAGGUUGCCAGUGACAACAGGACUUGUGAAGAUUUUGAUGAGUGUUCUGUGUGGGGCACGUGUGACCAGAUGUGCACCAACGUACCCAGCACCUACCGCUGCUCCUGUGCUGAGGGAUACGUGCUGGAGUCUAGACGGCACUGUCGAGCUUCAACACAGACUGCUCAACCUCAGAUUAUCUUUUCUAACGGAAGAAGCAUCUUGUCGACUGAUCUCCAUGGUAACAACAUGCGAUACAUCAUGUCCGCCUCAUCCACUAGUACGUCCAACGUGCUGGGGAUAGACUACCACUACAACGAAAACCUGCUCUUCUGGUCAGACUCCAUCAACAAUAAGAUCUUCCGCUCCAACAUGGAUGGUUCCAACCAGCGUGAGAUCCUCAACAUCGGCCUGGAGACCCCCGAGGGCCUGGCGGUGGACUGGAUUGGCCGGAAGCUGUACCUGGGGGAGAGCGGCACCAACAGGAUCGAGAUCUGUAACCUGGACGGGACGAUGCGAGCAACUCUGGUGGCAGAGGACAUCGACCAACCAAGGGGGAUUGCACUCGACCCUUCUGUGGGAUACAUGUUCUGGAGUGACUGGGGGAGCACGCCGAAGAUCGAGAGAGCGUACAUGGACGGCAGUAACAGGUUUAACCUGGUGGACACCAGAAUCAGCUGGGCGGCAGGAGUGACGCUGGACUAUGUGAACAAGAGGGUGUACUGGGCAGACGGGAGACUGGAUGUACUGGAAACGGUCAGAUAUGAUGGCACUGACAGAAAAACGAUAGUGUCAGGAAGCCAGGGCCUCCAUGUGAUACCUCACCCAUACGACGUGACGUUGUUCGAGAACUACGUGUACUUCUCUGAUUGGACAAGAAUGGGAGUUGUCCGCAUCAACAAGUUUGACGGAACAGGAACUGACGAGACGAUCGUCCAUGAAACCACUGUAAGACCGUAUGGGGUUGUCUCAGUUCAUCCUGUCAGACAAAUGCAAGUAACUAGUCCAUGUGGAAACAACAAUGGCGGAUGUUCGCAGAUGUGCGUGCUGAGCCAUCGGUCAGACAAUGAUGGUCUGGGUUACCGCUGUAUGUGUCAGACAGGGUACGAGCUGGCUCCUGACAACAGAAACUGUACCAGACUGGACAAGUUCUUGCUCUUCUCCUCGCGAUAUGCCGUGCGAGGAAUCCCGCUGGACCCCAUGCAGAGCGUGGACGCCAUGAUGCCCGUCCUGGGACUGCGGUCCUUCUACAUCGGCAUGGACUUCGAUGUGCAGGAGAGGAUGAUCUACUACUCUGACACUAACCAGGACCAGAUCUACCGCAUUAAGACAGAUGGAACAGGUAAAGAGACUGUGGUGCCAUCAAGAGCCAUGGGCCCUGAAGGUCUGGCUCUGGACUGGAAGUCCAAACACCUGUACUUCACCGACAGUGUCUUCAAUACAAUCAACGUGGUGCACUUGGAAAAUAGAUGGAGGAAAGCCAUUGCAAGUGUGAAUGUUGGGAACCCUCGGGCAAUCGUCAUUGCACCACAUAGCGGAUACAUCUUUUGGACGGACUGGUCGCGUCCCGCCAGAAUUGAGAGAGCAUUGACAGAUGGCUCCGAGCGUACCGUUAUCGUCAACACCACCCUGGGAUGGCCCAACGGACUGAGCAUCGACUAUCCCCAGCUCAAACUGUACUGGUGUGAUGCCUUUUUCGACAAGAUAGAGUUUAGUAACUUCGGAGGACAGAAUCGAGGGCGCUUGAAUGUCAGAUACAUCAACCAUCCAUUUGGGGUUGUUGUUCAUGAAGAUUAUGUGUACUUCACGGACUGGAACACACGUUCCAUUAAUCGUGUGCGGAAGUCGGACGGCGGGAACCAACAAACAAUUCGGCGUGGGAUUCAGCAGCUGAUGGAAGUGAGGGUGUUUGAUCCAGCCAAGCAGAGCAACAGGGAUACGUUGUGCACAAUGGACGGUGGUUCGCGGAACGAUUGUGACCAGUUCUGUUUCACGGUACGGUACAACCAGCGCAAGUGUGCGUGCGGCUACGGUUUCAGUCUGGACUCCGAUGGCAGAACCUGCAACCCUGAUCCUUCUAACCAACCACCGACCUCGCAGUGUCUCAGCAGUUUUUCCUUCCCCUGCUCCAAUGGGCGCUGUAUCUACCGGUACUACCGCUGUGAUGGGGAUGAUGACUGCGGGGAUAACUCUGAUGAAGAAGGAUGUGGAACAGAGCACACGUGCUCCCCCCUCUCCUUCCACUGUACCAACGGGGGCUGUGUCCCUCGCCGCUGGCGCUGUGACAACGAUGACGACUGUGGCGAUGGUUCGGACGAGGCAAACUGUACCGUUACGUCCUGUAGGAGUGGCCAGUUCACAUGUGACAACGCUAGGUGUGUCCCAGACUUCUGGCGCUGUGAUUCUGACAACGACUGUGGGGAUGGUUCUGAUGAAAGAGACUGUCAGGGGUUGACUUGUCGUGCUGACCAGUUCACGUGCGACAACGGUCGCUGCGUGCCACAAUCCGCCGUGUGUGAUGGCAGCUCCCACUGUUCGGACGACUCAGACGAGAGAGACUGUGUCUUCUCCUGCUCUUAUCAGGAGUUUGCCUGUGCCUCGGGCGACCAGUGCAUACCAAACUACGGACGAUGUGACGGUCACCAAGACUGUCGAGACAGCUCGGACGAACAGGACUGUCCUUCCCGUCCCCCGGAUGGUUGCCUUGCCAACGAGUUCCACUGUACGACAGAGCAGGAGUGCAUCCCUGCACGCUGGGAGUGUGACGGCCAUGCUGACUGUGUGGAUGGGUCUGAUGAACACACUUACUGCCCUCCCUUCACCUGCAGCCAGUACCAGUUCCAAUGUGAGACCGUGAAUCGCUGCAUCUCUCGCUGGUGGGUGUGCGAUGGCGAUAACGACUGUGGAGACAUGUCGGACGAACAGGACUGCCCGACGCCGUCCUUCUCGUGCCUGUGGGGCCAGUGGCAGUGUGUUGGUGUGGAUGAGUGCAUUCCCUACGGGCAGGUGUGCGAUGGGACAGAGGACUGCUCAAAUGGUGCAGAUGAGGGACCAUGCAACACAGAUGUCUGCCAUGAGGGUAAUGGCGGCUGCAGCGACAUCUGCGUAGUGACGGUGUUCGGAGCGGACUGUGAGUGUAACGUGGGCAGGCAGUUGGUGGAGAACAGUACCAAGGUCUGCGAAGAUAUCAAUGAAUGUGACCCCCCUGGACACUGCAGCCAGAUGUGUACUAACCUGGAGGGCUCCUUCAAGUGUGAAUGUGACGAUGGGUACCAGCUGGAACCCGAUCAACGCACCUGUAAGGUCACAGAUGACAGCCCUCCCUACCUGAUAGUGUCCAGCCGGUACUACUUGUACCUUCACAACAUCCGUUCUGGACAGUACCAGAGGGUCUUGUACGGUCAGCGUUACAUCAUCGGCACGGACUUUGACAAUCAGGAGGGUAGGCUCUACUGGGGAGACUCCACUGCGAAAACAAUCAGUUCGGCAUUCUUCAAUGAAACCGACGAGCAAACAAUCAUUAGCAGUGGCCUGCAGGUGCCAGAAGGUGUGGUGGUUGACUGGGUGGGGAGAAACCUGUACUGGGCCGACUACGGGCUGCAGACUAUCGAAGUCUCUGACCUGGCUGGUACCAACCGUGCCGUGCUGUUCAACCAGAAUGUCACCUACCCGCGGGGCUUGGUGAUAGACCCACGUGACAGUUACCGCCUGAUGUUCUGGACAGACUGGGGCCAGAACCCCAGGAUCGAACGUGCGGGGAUGGACGGUAGUGGACGCACGACCAUCGUGACAGAAAAGCUCUACUGGCCGAACGGCCUGGCCAUCGACUUCCCCACCCAGAAACUCUACUUCGCUGAUGCUCGGCUGGACUACAUUGAUUUCUGUAACUACGACGGUACAGGACGCAGGCAGGUUCUUGCGAGUAACCAGUUGAUACAACAUCCCCACUCCAUCACCAUCUUCGAGGACAUGGUGUACUGGUCAGACCGAACUGCCAACAGGGUGUACGGGGUGAACAAGUUUGACGGCACACAGAACCAGACCACGGUUAUCCGGUACCUCUGGGGACCUCUGGACCUGCACGCCUACCAUCCUGUCCGUCAGCCACAGGGUAACAACACGUGUUUCAACAACCCGUGCUCCCACCUGUGUCUGCUGUCACCAGUGGAAGAGAUGGGCUUCAAGUGUGCCUGUCCCACCGGAGCCAGACUCAACCCUGACCAGCGCUCGUGUGACACUUCUGUGCAGCCCUUCUUGCUGUAUGUUCAGAUGUCGUCCAUCAAAGGAGCCCAGCUGGACCCUACAGAUACUGCCACCAACCCCAUCACUCCCAUCACCGGCCUGCUCAACGGGUAUGAUGUGGACUUUGACGAUGAUGAGGGGUACAUCUACUGGGUAGAGAGAAACAACUACACACAUACUUCCAUACACCGUGUGACCCUGGAUGGACGAAACCGCACAGAUUUUGUUCCGUACGCAUACGUCGGAUAUCCUCAUGCCAUCGCCAUUGACUGGAUCGGGAGGAACAUCUAUUGGUCCAACCCUGCCCGGUUCACCAUCGAGGUGAUGCGUAUGGACGAGGAUGCCCCCCACCGUAAGGUGCUGAUCGCCAUGGCAGGGGAGGACACCACAUCAGUCGGGCUGGUGAAUGCCAUCGCACUGGAUCCUCUCAAUGGGAAAAUGUACUGGGCAGAUCGUGGAAACGAAGGCACCGUUCCUAAGAAGAUAGCAAGUGCAGAUCUGGAUGGAACCAACCGAGCCAACCUAAUCCUGGAUCGAGUGGAUCAUCUGGACUUCAUCGCUGUGGACAUACCAGCCCAGAAACUGUACUGGACAGAGACACAUUAUGGAACAGUGGAGACUUGUAGCAUCACCUCCCAGGGUACUGCGUGUAAUGACAGACGUGCUUUGGUCAGUGGUCUCGCCCAUCCCAGAGGCCUUGCUAUCUAUGGGAACUAUCUCUACUAUGGAGAUAUGAGUUACGAGGUACUUGAGCGUGUUGACAAGGCAGACGGACAGAACAGGAUUACUAUGAGGAGCAACCUGGCUCAGGUCCAUGCCGUCAAAGUGUACGCCAGGGAACACAUGCCUGCAACCAGACACAUGUGUAACCGGAACAACGGGGAUUGUCAGCAGCUGUGCUUCAACAAGCCUGGCUUCAGUAAAGUCUGCGGCUGUGGGACGGGAUUCACGCUCGCCUCGGAUGGAACCUCAUGCGAAGCUCAAACAUCGUUCUUGGUGGUGUCGCAGUACGGUGUGAUCCGUGCAGUCGGCCUGUCAUCGAGUCAGCACGAAGAUGCCAUGGAACCCAUCGGAAAUACAAGAAUGGGACAGGCUCUGGGAGUCCAGAUGAGCGAGGGUCACCUGUUCUUUGGUUACCAAAACCAAGGCAUCUGGAGGAUCAAGCCCAACGUGGACUCCAGGCUGAAGAUCAUCCUAGACAACGGGAUCGGGAGGCAGGGGGUGGCGAGUAUGGCCAUCGACUGGCUCGCAGGGUACAUGUAUUUCAUAAAUGUUCAAGACUUGGAGACAGUGAUUGAGGUUGCCAAAACCUCUGGCAGCUACAGGAAGGUGCUGAUCAGGAGUGUGGAGGACUCACCACGGGCCAUCGCUGUCAACCCAAUCAAAAGGUACUUGUACUGGACAGACAAUGGACAGACCCCGGCCUUGGAGCGGUCACUACUGGAUGGGAGUAACCGGACAAUACUGGUCAGAAAUGGCAUGGUCCAGCCGACUGACCUGACCAUCGACAUGGCCACACACAACGUGUACUGGGUGGACAUAAGGGCUGACUCCAUCCAGCGAAUAAGCUGGAAUGGUGGUAGCCGAACCGUCAUCCGCAGUGGUCGUAAUUUGCCUGCCCCUAUCAGCCUCGCCAUCUAUCAGUCCAGCGUAUAUUGGCUUGACCGCAACUUGCAGACAAUUUAUCGUGCCAGUAAGGAACCAAGCACGGACCCUGCUGAAGAGAUUCGCACCGAUCUGCUGAAUCUUCAAAGAAUUCGAGUUUUUGAUGCAAGCAUUCAGCCUGCAGAUAACACCAACCCCUGCCAGACCAACAAUGGCGGCUGUGAGCAGCUGUGUUUCGCCAUGCCGGACACCACCACCCCCACGUGUGCCUGUGCUUACGGCAUGCUGAGUUCAGACAACAGAAGAUGUGAUGAUGUGUCGGACUACCUCAUUUUUGCUGCCGGAGGAGAGGUUCGCAGCCUCCAUCUCGAACCGUCGGCAACCUCCAUGCCGUUCGAGCCGGUCGGUGCUGGACGGCUGCAGCUCAAUGGCUACCUGGACUUCGAUGCUGCAGACAACCGUAUCUACAUCACUCAAUCUGGUACAGAAGGUCGGAAGAUCAGCUAUAUCAACCUGAACACAGCAGGUGGUACUGACCCUGUUAUCUUGGACAUCAUCACUGAAGGGCUACGCUAUCCCACAGCAAUAGCAUUUGACUGGGUUGCUAAGAAGAUCUACUGGAGUGACGGCUACCCAUACAAGAUACAGGCCGCUAACGCUGAUGGUAGCAGCAAAGUGGAUAUUCUGACCGGCAUUAACUAUGUUUAUGCCAUAGCUUUGGAUCCAUGCAGAGGGUACCUUUACUGGACUCAGUAUGGAGGUAUUCAAAGGGCUAGCAUGGGAGGAAACAACAGGACCACCCUUGUCUCCAACACUGGGCUGGCAUAUGGGCUGGCUAUCGACUUUGAUGAAAACAAGCUCUACUUUUCUGACUUGUAUGGGGAUACGAUUGAGAGGGUGAACUUGGAUGGAUCUGGACGUGAGACCGUUGUCUCCUCAAGCAUGGCGCCCAACGGUAUCGCGAUUAGCGGGUCCUACAUCUACUGGACCGACACCAGCCUGAAUGCUGUCCUGCGCGCCGAGAAACACACCGGAGCCAAUCAAAUCCGCAUGGCACAAGGUCUGGGGUCAGGCAUGCGAGAUGUCCACGUCUUCUCCACCUCUAGUCAGCAGUGCUCCAACGAUCCAUGUGAAAACAACAAUGGUGGUUGUAGCCACUCGUGCCAUCCUGCGCCCAGCGGCGGAACAGAAUGUGCAUGUCCCAACGAUGGCAACUACAAACUGGCCAAUGGUGGCAAGGACUGUGUCCCUGCCAACAGCACCUGCAACGAACAGUGGCAGUUCACCUGUCAGAACGGCAGGUGCAUCCCGUCACGAUGGAAGUGUGAUGUCGAUAAUGACUGUGGAGACAACUCUGACGAACUCCCCAGAGUCUGUGCCGACCAUGUUUGUCUGGCGACAGACUACACCUGUAACAACAAGCGCUGCAUCCCGGCCUAUUUCAGGUGCGACUUUGACAACGACUGCCGGGAUAACUCGGAUGAAGCUGACUGUGAGUACCCAGACUGUGGGGAGGGAGAGUUCACGUGUGAUAGCGGUCGCUGCAUCGAUAUAGCCCAGCGUUGUGACGGGUACAACCACUGCCGCGACAACACCACCUCCGAUGAGAUCAACUGUUCUCCGAGCACCUGUCGUCCCAACCUGAUAAAGUGUUCCACGACUAACGUGUGCAUCCCCCGCUUCUGGCUCUGUGAUGGUGACAACGACUGUGGGGACAACUCGGAUGAAACACCAACUUUCUGCUUGGCUGCUACCUGUAGCGCUAGUGAGUUCCCGUGCUCGAGCGGCCGCUGUCUACCUGCCAGCUGGCACUGCGAUGGAGAUAAUGACUGCGGUGAUAAUUCUGAUGAACCAGAAGAUGUUUGUUCCAAUCCUGAUAGGACAUGCUAUGGCGACCAGUUCACCUGCGAUAACGGGCGCUGCAUCCCGAGCAGAUGGAUCUGUGACAACGACAACGACUGUGGAGACAUGUCUGACGAGGAUGAGCGCCACAACUGCGCUGAAAGGCCCUGUGCGGAGGGCUACUUCACCUGCACAAACAGCCCAGCCGGGCGGCGCAGGUGCAUCCUCCAGAGGUUUGUGUGUGAUGGAGAUGCAGACUGUCCUGAUGCAGAGGAUGAGCAUCAGAACUGCACUCGCCGAACCUGUCUGGAGAAUGAAUUCACCUGUGACAACGGCCUCUGCAUCAGUAGUCAGUCACGCUGCGACCAUUACAACGACUGUGGAGACCACAGCGACGAGAGUAACGAUUGCCAGUACGCCACCUGUAACUCUCAGUUCCAGUUCACGUGCCAGAACGGGCGCUGCAUCCCGUCCAGGUGGACGUGUGAUGGGGACAAUGACUGUUUCGAUGGAUCAGAUGAGCUGGACUCUCUUUGUGUGACACAACAGCCGACCUGCCCACCUAACCAGUUCCUGUGUAACAGUGGCCAGUGUAUCUCCAACAGCCUGGUUUGUGACGGGCGCUACGACUGUCCUGAUAACAGCGACGAGUUCCACUGUGGUAUUAAUGAGUGUCAGAACCCAGCAGUAAGCCGCUGUGAACACAGAUGUGUGGACACACAGACCAGCUAUCGCUGUGUGUGUAAUGCUGGGUAUGUCCUCAUGGCUGACGGAAAGGCUUGUACAGAUAUUGAUGAGUGUACAGACACCCCCUGGGUAUGUAGUCAGGGCUGUGAGAACACUCCUGGCUCCUACAUCUGUAAGUGUGGAGAUGGGUACCUGAGGGAACCUGAUGGUUUCACCUGCAAACACACCGCAACUGUGGACCCCUACCUUGUCUUCAGUAACAGGUACUACAUCAGGAACCUGACUGUAGAUGGAAGCAGUUACAACCUCGUCAAGCAAGGCUUGACCAAUGCGAUUGCUUUGGACUAUGACCUUCAAGAGCAGCGGUACUACUAUUCUGACAUUGGUGCGAACCUGAUCAAACGCAUGUUCAUGAAUGGUACGGGAGAGGAAACCAUCAUCGACCAGAACAUUCCACUGGUGGAAGGGAUGGCGGUGGACUGGAUUGGCAGGAAGCUGUACUGGAAUGACAGAAGAAUGAAGAAGAUGUUUGUGUCUGAACUGACUGGGAGGUCCCGACGGACCCACCACCAGCAGUGCAUCAACAAGAACGGCACUGAUUACUGCAUGCAGGAGCCGAGAGCUCUAGCUGUGGAUCCAAAAGAAGCGUUCAUCUACUUUACAGACUGGGGAUACCGUGCGUACAUCGCCCGGAUCUCAGCAGACGGGACACAGAAGGAGGUUCUGAUUACAGAGAAGGUCAGCUGGCCAAACGCCCUGACCAUCGAGUACGCCACCGGCAGGCUGUUCUGGGCUGACGCUCAUCUGGACUUCAUCGAAUUCUGUAAUAAGGAUGGCAGUAACCGUCACACAGUCAUCGGCCCCUCGGCUGAUGGCACUGCGCCCCACCCCUUCGCGAUGACGUUGUUCGAGGACUGGAUCUACUGGUCUGACUGGAACACCAAGACUGUGGAGAAGGCACGUAAGCUGAACGGUACCGAGCGCACCACCAUGGUCACCACCGUCCAUCGGCCCAUGGACAUCCACAUCGUCCAUCCUCAGAGACAGAUGCCAUGUAAUUGUCACCCGUGUGGAGACAACAAUGGCGGGUGCUCCCACCUGUGUCUGAGCCCAGAGAGGAGAGGAUACACCUGUGCCUGUCCUGACAACUUCAACCUGGGAUUUGACGGGAGAACGUGCAUCGCCAACUGUGCAGCCAACCAGUACCGCUGUGCUGAUAACGAUCGCUGUAUCUCCGACCUGUGGAAGUGUGACGGAGAGGAGGACUGUUUGGACGGGUCGGACGAACCUGACAGCUGCCCACCACGCCAUUGCCCCGCGGGUACGUUCCAGUGCACCAACCUGAACUGUACCUAUGCCUACUACCUCUGUGAUGGGGACGACGACUGUGGGGACGGCUCUGAUGAAGACCUGAACUGUGAUUCACGUCCAUGCAGUACUGGGCAGUUCAAGUGUAACAACAACCGCUGCAUCGCGCAGGCCUGGCGCUGUGAUGGUGACAACGACUGUGGAGACAACAGUGAUGAAGACCAAGAAUACUGCAGUACACGUACAUGCGGACCCGGCCAAUUCACCUGUGCAAAUGGCUUAUGUGUACCUGACACCUGGGUAUGUGACUGGGACAACGACUGUGGAGACAACAGUGACGAACCUGCAGAGACUUGUCAGUCGAUGACGUGUGCACCAGGAGAGUUCCGCUGUGAUAACCACCGCUGUAUUCCCGCCCGCUGGCACUGUGACUACGACAACGACUGUGGAGACAGGAGUGAUGAGACUGGCUGUCCACCGAGGGAGUGCAGUGAGAGUGAGUUCCGAUGUGGGAACGGGCGCUGCAUCCCGGGCAGGUGGAUCUGUGACCACGACAACGACUGUGGUGACCAAUCAGACGAACAGUCAUGUGAAACCCAGAGUUGUGCUCCAGACCAGUUUGAGUGCCAGAGCGGCCACUGUAUAGACCAGAGGUUCGUGUGUGACGGGGAUCGGGACUGUCGAGACUCUUCUGAUGAGUUCAACUGUCCCACCAGAUACCCAGACGGUAGCUACUGCCCUGCCAACAAGUUUGAGUGUGCCAACACCAUCUGUAUCCCCAGAACAUGGCGCUGUGACGGGGAUGAUGACUGUGGGGAUGGGUCAGACGAGACAACACAGAUUUGUUACCAGAUAGACUGUCCGGAGGACACCCGGUUCAGGUGCAGCAAUGGUCCCUGCAUCCCUCGCUGGAAACUCUGCAACCUCAGGGACGACUGUGGAGAUGCCAGUGAUGAGAACAACCACACAAUAUGCCAGCCCACUCGACAGAACUGCAGAGACGAUGAGUUUAAGUGUGAGAACCACAACUGUGUGGCCAGCACCAAGCUGUGUGACAACGCUGACGACUGUGGAGACUUGUCAGAUGAGCGCGGUUGUAACAGUAACAAUGAGGAGAGGAAUGAGUGUACGGAUGGAGACCACGGCUGUGAGAGGAACUGUACAGAUAUCCUGGGUGGUUAUGUAUGCUCCUGUGGGCCUGGUUAUACCAUCUCUGCUGUGGACAGCAAGUCAUGUGCAGAUGUGAAUGAGUGUGAGGUGUUCAGCAGCUGUCCGCAGGGCUGCAGGAACAACAAGGGCUCGUUCCGCUGUGUGUGUUCCCGCGGCUUCAGACUGGAGGAGGGUGAUGUGCCCAUCUGUAAGGCAUAUGAUGGUGAGGCGAAGUUUGUGAUUUUCAGCGAUGGCCCAGAAAUGAGGAGGUAUUACCCCGAAGGUGAUGAGAGGGGAGAGUACAAUGAUCUAAUCAUCGGGGAACGACGAAUCACAGCCAUCGAUUACGACUACAACUAUGCCACUAUGUCCAGUCGUAAGAAGAGGGAUACUUCUGAUGGAAGUGCUGGUCUGGUGUACUUCUCUGACACCUCAGCAAAGACCAUCAAACGUGCGUCCCUCCCCACGGACCCCGCCCACCUUGGUAUCACCCAGGACCUGGGCAUCUCUGGCCUGUCUGAGCCAGAUGGCAUUGCUGUGGACUGGGUCUCUGGCCUCCUGUACUGGACCGAUGCCGGCACCAAUAAGAUUGAGGUAUCCAUGCUGGACGGUCGCUACAGGAAGACCCUCGUCAGUAACAACCUGGAUAGACCUGCAGCUAUCGUUGUCAACCCUGAGAAGGGUAUGAUGUACUGGACAGACUGGGGAGCCGUGCCUAAGAUAGAGCAGGCCUGGCUGAACGGUGAGCAGAGACGAGUGGUGGUGGGCACGCAGCUGGGCUGGCCAACAGGGCUGACCAUCGACUACACAAACAACCACCGCGUGUACUGGUGCGACGCCAAGGAAAAUGUCAUCGAAUCUAUCAACUGGGACGGCACAGACAGACAGAUGGUGCUUAGUGGAGGUCUGGAGAAUCCGUUCCGCCUGGACGUGUUUGAGGGAGAGCUGUUCUGGACCACCCAGACUACAGGCAACAUCUACCACCAGGACAAGUUUGGCCGAGGGGUGAAGGUCCUGCUGCAGUCAGGCAUCAACCUCCCCACAGACAUCAAGAUCCACCAGAAACUCAGAUAUGACCAGGAGGUGAGCACGAGGUGUAAGGCGAACGUGUGCAGCCACAUGUGCCUACAGAUCCCUGACGGAUACCGCUGUGUGUGCCCGGAUGGGUCCGACUUUGUACCUGGGAGCCAGACUCAGUGUGAUGCAGCUAUUUCGGAGCCCAUUGACCCCCCUCUUGUCUGCUCCUGUGUGAAUGGAGGAGUCUGUGUCAUCAGCCAGGGGAUACCCAAGUGCAAUUGUCCGAAGGGAUACCUGGGAGAUAACUGUGAGCUGGGAGCCUCCAGCAGUGGGCCACCGGGAGCUGCAAAUGUUGCUGCAGUUGUGGUUCCCUUGCUGCUGAUCUUGAUCAUAGUUCUGGCUAUCGUCGGUUUCUUCUACUACAAGAGAAGAGGAGGGACCCUGCCCCAAAUGCCUCAGUUCUCAGAUAUCCAGCUUCCCAGGCCCAAGAUGCCUGACAUGGGUGGCUUCGGUUUCAGCAAACUGCCUCGAUUCUCUGACCUUCCCAAGCCCAAUGUCAAACUGCCGUGGCUCUUCAAGUCAGGGAUAAUAGGUGGUAACGGCACCACAGGAGGAAGUGUCUCAUUCCGGGAUGGAACAAACGUAGAGCUGGGCACACCGUCCUACAUGGGCUACGAUGAUCAGGAGGCUUUAGGGCCGCCAUUGGACGGGAUGGACGGGGAGAAGCCACCAAUCACGUUCUCCAACCCCAUGUACCAGGAGGCAGAAGGUGUGAUGGUGGAGGCUGGGCCUCUGCCGGAGAAAACCGGUCUGCCUGCCGACGACUCUCCCGUCGCCCCUCCCCGGACCAAACAGACCCUGUCCCCGCCCCCCGCCAGCCCCCCUCCCGCGUACUCCUCCCGCGAGACCAGCCCGGCGGUCGAUCGGGAGGACGACAAGGCGGAGCUGGUGACGGAGAGUAAGGCAUGAUGGGAAGGAAGGAAGACGUCUCCUAUGCCAAUGCUUGCUGUAUAAUCAGUGUUACCCAUGACACAACCCACACAGAAAGAGCCAUUUUUAAAACGAUUGAACAAUUCUUUUUGGCUUUGUUUUUACACUGUGUGGGGGACAAGAAUUCUAAGCAAUACUUGUUCUCGAUAAGACUGAAUUUUGGAAGAGAUCCUAAAAGCUUCUGAUGUAUGUAAUUUGUUUUUGACUGAGGAGUUUUAAAGAAAAGAUUCAGGUUUUUAGUGUUUCCAUUUUUUGUCAUCUGUCUAAGAAAGUGACAUUUUUUUCUCCAAAAAAGGACCAAAUUGAAAGUUCUUGUUUUCAGGCUCACAAAACACAAUGAUUUUCAGACUUCAGGCUCGACUGCAGAGUUUUUGACUUACAAACAUCAGAAAACAUUGACAAGAUGACACAAAAAAUGUAUGUCACAACAUUCCUUACUUUACAUGUAUGUGUUAUCAAUUAUUACUUGAAUAGAUUGCCUGACCAUUUUGCAUCUUGUGCUGAAAGUAGGAACAUGGCUUAUUGAAGCUGAGCAUCAACCCUCAGAGGAAAAAGUUACUGUUAAGUCCAAUCGUUACUUCUCAAAGCACAUACAAAAUGUUUUCAGAUUUUGUUUUUCAUCAAAAUGUGCAUAAAAGCAUGCUUUAAGUGUGGGGCUUGGCAUUCCUGCAACACAAGACAUGGUUUUUGUAGCAUUGUUUUUUUUUAUCUCACCAACCUUGGAGCUGGAUAGAUAGCAGCAUUUGGAGCUGAACUAUACUGUGAGCAGGCAUUGGUCACCUUAAUCAGGCGUUUAAAAGCAUUUUUUCAGUACCAAAUCACUUAUUCUGCAGACUUUGGACCAUUCACAUACAUCCUGCAAUUAUUGUAUGAACAGAAACUAAGGGCACUCUUGGGAUAGUCAUGUAUGCAUCCUGUGUAAAGGCUGAUCCUUGUCAGUCAUUUUUCUUGUCACGGCUAGCUUGAAAAUGCUGUUACAUCAAAAUCUUGUGACAACCUACAUGUACAACAUAUGUGACAACAUAAAUCAUUUUUGAAAUACAUUUAGUGGGCCUGUUCAAAAAGAUGUUCUCAAAUUGCCCAUCGCUGGUAACACCAUAACCUUAGAAGAGUCAACUAUACUAGGUCCUACAAAUCACGGGACUCGGUAUAUUUUUAUCUACCAAAAUUCAACCUUCUAAUUUGCAUAUUCUUGUGGGUACUUUAGAAACAGCAAUGGUCCAAUCUUGCUUCAUUUAUUAUCCUCAAUAGUGACAUUCAUUAAAAAAACAUGAUAUGAAAUAAUUUAAUGCAGUAUGAUAAAUAUAAAGAUUUAUAUAAAGAUAUAUCCACCCUGCCAAAGACAUUCUAAAUAAAGUUGUCAAUCUAAACAAAUUGCAAUCAACUUGUGUUGAUUAAAGUUGAAUUUUACUUGUUCAGUAUAAUUUAAGAGCCAUAUCUACCAAAAAUUUUCAUGCUUGACAAUUUUUAUAAGAAAGUAUCAAUGGACCAAAGGAAACGAUAUAGCAUGUGAAUAUGUUAAUUGCAGAAUUGAAUAUUUUUAUAAUGAGUAUCAUAAGAGAAUUGUGUGGACAAAUCAUUAGGAAAGGUAUGAAUUAGGUGGCAUCCUUUAUAGGAAGGUCUUAAGAUUUCUCCUUAACUCUUAGAAGUACAGAAAUGAGGAAGAUUGAAGAGGAAAGUUACAUAUGAUACUGAACCGUCCAGACAUACUAUGAUUUGUACAGAAUGAUUCUUAAGUAUGAUUUUCAAAUUGUACAGUAUUUGUAUAAUCCUAUAUCUGAUUAAGUUGUUUUACUCUUAGUUACAUGCACAUUGGUACAAGCUAUAUUUGGAGCUGUACUAGGAUGUUUUUGUUUACGUUAAAAAGCACAUAGGAAGUUCAAACACUCAUUUGUUUACUGAUUUGACAUAUCAUUUUUAGUGUUUCUAAGUGUCGUCUUAGCUUUUGUGUUUCUUACUUUGCUUUGAAAUAGAACCUCUCAGAUCUUGAA